UCAGCCUCUCUCCGGAUCCCCUCCCUGAAGCUCCAUUGUUCAGGACUGGGCCGGGCUUCCUUGCAUGAAGCCACCUGCCAUCCAGGUGAGGUCAGAGUAUAAUAAGGUGCUUCUGCCUGAGCCGUGGAGAGAGCGCACUCCUGGAUCCACCAUGCACCAUCCUUCCAGCCUCUUCCUCCUGGCGGGGACCCUUCUGCUCUUGCACCAGCUCCCUCUUGCACCUGCCAAGCACGUUUGGGAUAUCUGCAGACUUCCUCCUCAGAGAGGCAACUGUAUGGCCCUGUUCAUUCGCUGGUACUACAACCCGAGGGUCGGGAGGUGCCUGGUUUUUGUCUAUGGGGGCUGCUUAGGGAAUGCCAACAACUUCCACAGUCGCAGCGCCUGUGAACACCGGUGUAGUCGCCCAGCAACAGUCAAGCCUGGCACGUGUCCUGCUCGGGUUGAAAGUGAUGUGAGGUGUGGCCAGCUCUGCUUCAAUGAUGCCAGCUGCCCAGGGAACGAGCGCUGCUGCCAGACCAUCUGUGGGCGAGAGUGCCGGCUCCCUUCCGAAGCCAUCCACGGAUACUGCCCAAGGACGCAACAUCGCCUGGACCGCCCCUGCACGACCAGCUGCACAACCGACUUGGACUGUGACUUCGGUCUCCGCAUCCCAAGGAGGAAGUGCUGCAGAUACGGAUGCCACCAGCUGUGUGUAAAGGCUGAGGAAGAGCACCCUGGCGUGUGUCCCAAAAGGGAACGGGUGUACACCUUUGCCCCCUGCAAUGACACCUGCAGAGACGACCGAGACUGCCCCCUCACCCAGAAGUGCUGCUUCACUGGGUGCAGCCGGGGCUGCCUGGACUCAGUCCGUAGUGAUCGGUGCCAGUUGCCUUCUGAUCCUGGACCGUGCUACGCCAACAUGCCACGAUACUACUACGACCCAUCGCGGAAGAGGUGCAUCCGGUUCAUCUAUGGCGGCUGCAGGGGCAACAGCAACAGGUUCAAAACCAAGAAGGCAUGCAAGAAGGCCUGCGGGAAAAUCAGCCCAGAGGUUUGCAAGCUGCCCAGCGAGACCGGUCCAUGCCGGGCUUACUCAGAAUUCUUCUACUACAAUUCAACUCUUUCCUCCUGCGAGAAGUUUGUUUAUGGUGGUUGCAGAGGGAAUGACAAUCGGUUUUACACAAAACUGGAGUGCAAAAUGGUCUGCAGAACGUCAGCAAACUCCACCACAACAUCUGAUUGAGUCAUUCAUUGACAUAGUUCCUUGUCUGCAAGAUUCUCCAGCCUGACCCCCCCCCCAAAGUCCAAGGGAGAGACACCAACCUGGUCCUCUGUCCUGGGGCCCUCGCCUCCCUCCCCCCCUCCACCUUCAGGGAGGCUGGCGGGGUCAACUCUGCUCUCCAAAAAUAAAGACAUGACUUUAGCUGCA